CAAAUGUCAAUUUGACAAGGACGAUGGACAAAAGACAAUGGCUGAAAUGGCGAUGAAAGUUUUAUUCGUAUAUGUUCUAAAAUAUUGGCUUAAUUUCUUCUAAUUAUUUCUAAUUUGUUGCGUUAAUGGACUAAUAACAUAAUGGAGGUUUUAAUAUGUCGAAUUUGCCUGGACAAAACGGGCACGAUAUCCGUGUUUGAUAGUGAAUCGGACAACGUUCAAUACAGUGCGAAGUUGAAGAAACUGGUUAAUAUUAUGGUUUCUGAAGACGAUGGAUUGCCGAGCAUGAUGUGUGAAGGCUGCACGGCCGAGUUGUCACUCUCGUAUCAGUUCGUGCAAAAGUGUGAAGCUUCGGACGGCGCGCUUCGCUGCCUGAGUGCUCCUAUCGAACUUUAUUCCGACUUGCAAGCUGAAAGGCAUCCGACAGAUAUUAAAGCGGAAGAAAUUAAAAAUGAAAUCGACGAUGGUGCUCAUGGGUUUGACAACAGUUUUCUGUUUGAAAGGAAUGUUGCCGCUAAUAAAGGUAUGGAGGAUCAAAACAAUGUUGCUAGUAAUAUCGAUGUUGCAGUCGAAUUUAGCUUCGAGGACAGUAAUGAGAAGAGUGAUAGAAAUGUCCGAGGUAAAGUUAAUCAUAAGAAAGUCCGGCGUGGCAAAGUAGGGCCUGUACAAUGUGUUAUUUGUGGUCACAUGGCCUCCAGUGCUUCUGCGAUGGAGAUUCACAUGCGCACGCACACCGGAGAGAAACCCUUCGUGUGCGAAACCUGCAGCACUAAGUUCCCCACCAGAGGAUCCUUAAAACGACACAAUGAAACAUUCCAUUCGACCCGAGAAAGAAAAUUCACUUGUGAAACAUGCGGCAGUAGUUUUUACAGAAAAAAUGAUAUUAUAACACACUUGCGAGUUCACACUGAUGAACGGCCAUACGUCUGUCCGUAUUGCUCCAAGAGGUUCCGUCAGAUAGCUUCAAGGAACCGCCACCAAAGGGUUCACACUGGAGAAAAACCCUUUGCAUGCCCGAUAUGUGGUAAAAAGUUUGGUCAUAAAGGUUUGGUCAAAAAACAUCAAAGUGUCCAUAGCGAAGAAAGAAAAUAUAUAUGUCAUCUGUGCAGCAAGUCUAUGAAGACAAGAACAGCUCUGAACGUUCAUAUAGCUCUUCAUACCAAUAAAAAGCAGAAUAUAUGCAACUUCUGUGGUAUGGCAUUCUCCAUGAAAGGCAACCUGCAGACUCACAUCCGUCGCAUGCAUUCUGAAAAAUCUGGGCAGUGUUCCGUUUGCCUUCAAACAUUUUCUGAUUUAAAAGUGCACAUGCGCAAGCAUACGGGGGAAAAGCCUUACGUUUGUGGAACAUGUAAUGCUGCAUUUGCUGUCAAGAGAAGUCUGGCUCACCACAUAUUGUUCAAGCAUGAGAAUGCUGGGAAAUUCAAAUGUUCCAUAGGAGACUGCACCAAGUCCUUCCCCACGGCCACCAUGCUAGAGUUCCACCUCCUCAAGCAGCACACCAAUCACACUCCUUACGUAUGCCAGCACUGCCCGCGAAGUUUUUUCCGCGGCAGCGAUCUUUCGCGACACCUUAAAGGAACCCAUAUGGAUCUAAACUUUAAGUCUACACUUAAAACUCUGAUACAUAAGCAAGCAACUUAUACUUAACAAAAGACUGAGUAGCAAUGUAUAAACCUAGUCAUUAUCAUUAGUAUUAGAUGGUUUCAGUGAUUCCUUUAUUAUUAUAAUUUAUCAAUCAAUCAAACAAUCAAUCAAUCAAUUUAUUUAUUUAAUUAUUUAUUUCAUACAAACUUCCAUCGCCUAUUUUCUCACAAUAAUUUAAUUCAUUAUUAUUAUUUUUAGUUUUAAUAUUGAUUUAAGUUUAUAAAAUUGACAUUGUUAUUAAAUCUAAUUCUGUACAUUCGAGGUGGAUUGUAAUUAUUAGACUUGCAACGAAUAGUAUAUUCGGCAGUAUACCGAAUACCGAAUAUUCGGCGAGGCCCCUAACCGAAUAGCCAAAUAUUAGGCAAAAGUAUUCGGCUGGAUUUUAGCGCCAAAAACUUGUACAGACGUGAUUGUUUUGCGGAUCUUUUCUUAAAUAUUGUGUGUAGUUGCUCCUAAUUUAAUAAUUUGAUGUGUUUUGAAUGAUAUAAUUAGUUGUAAUAAAUAGCAUAAUACAGUAUGUAUGUCAUUAUAAUAAGUCUAUGAUGCACAUACAAUAUAGGUACACAAUAGAAUAUUGAAUAGACAUAAAUAGGUACCUGUAAUUAUUAUUCCACUAUAGAAUUUAAUGAUUACUAAGUAAUAAUGAUAGUAAUGAUGAAUUAUUAAAUGAUAGUGAUAA